AUGCCACCCGAUGACGUCGGUUUUCCUUGCAGCCCCGGGAUCCUGGUGAACAACCACGAACUGUGGCUGUCGGGCGUCAUCGGCGUGGAUCCGGACACGGGGGAUCUGGUGUCCACGGACGCGGCCGAACAGGCGAGACAGGCUCUCGCGAACAUGGGCGCCGUCCUCAGACACGCCGGUGCAACCUAUAAAAACGUGGUGAAGGCGACGGUGCUCCUGGCAGACAUCAACGACUUCCAAGCCGUGAACGAAGUCUACAAAACGUUUUUCCCGGAGAAUCCACCUGCGAGAUCCGCCUAUCAAGUCGCUGCUCUACCCAAG